GCACCCUGCUGGCCGAGCUCCGCGAGUACAACCUGGAGCAGCAGCGGCGGGCGCAGAGCGAGGCGCCCUCGCCCGAGGGCCUCCCCGAGGAGCAACCGCCCAGCGCCAAGCUCAAGGGCAAGAUGCAGAGCCGCUUCGACACGGCCGAGAGCGUGGUGAUCGUGGCGUCGCAGAAGCGGGCGCUGGGCGGCCGCGAGCUGCAGCUGCCCUCCAUGGCCGUGCUCACGUCCAAGACGUCCACGCAGCGCUUCUUCCUGCGCGUGCUGCAGGUCAUCAUCCAGCUGCGCGACGACACGCGCCGCGCGCACAAGAAGGCCAAGCAGCCCGCGCGCCUGGGUGCCGGGGCGCUCGGGGCGGCGGGCAGCAUCCAGGCCGCCGUGCGGCAGCUCGAGGCCGAGGCCGACGCCAUCAUACAAAUG